AUGAAGGGAAGUAACCUCCUGAAAAUCAUUAGCUUAGUCAAACAAGUGGUCAUAAGCCGACACAUAAGCUUAACAACAAUGGCCAAGAGUAAAUUUGAAUAUGUGAAGGAAUUCGAACGUGAGGAUUGUUGCUUGCCGAAUUGUUGGAUCGUGGUUCGAAUAGAUGGAAGAAAUUUUUCAAAGUUCUGCGAUGCCCAUCAAUUUACCAAACCGAACGACGUAGCUGCCUUGGAAUUAAUGAAUCGGGCAGCUAUUACGGUUAUGGAAGAAUUCAAAGAAAUCAUUCUAGGUUUCGGUCAAAGCGAUGAAUAUUCCUUCGUCCUUCGAAAAGACACGGAAAUUUACAAAAGGAGAGCCUAUAAAAUAAUGUCAAAUGUGAAUUCACUUUUUACAUCAGCAUAUGUUUAUCACUGGCCUCGCUACUUCAGAGGCAAAGAAUUAUAUUACCCACCUUCUUUUGAUGGUCGUGUUGUAUUAUACCCAACAGAUAAAAAUCUUAGGGAUUAUUUAGCUUGGCGACAAGUAGAUGUUCAUGUGAAUAACUUGUAUAAUACUUGUUUUUGGAAUCUCAUAUUAAAAGGAAAACUUACUCCUAAUCAGGCAGAAGUAAAACUUAGGGGUACAUUGGCAUCACAUAAAAAUGAAUUAUUGUUUCAAGAAUUCGGUAUAAAUUAUAACAAUGAACCUCCACUUUUCCGAAAAGGUACUACACUUAUAAGGAAACUAGUACCAGAUGGUACAGGUCGAUUGAAGCCAGUAGUGGUCCCAUUGGUGGAUGACAUAAUUUCAGAUCGAUUUUGGAAAGAAAAUCCAGAAGUAAUUGGAUUAAAAAGUUUAGCAACUUUCCAACCUGCAAAUCCAGCUAAUAAUACAAACAUAAAACAUGUAAAUAAUGUACCACCACCGCCUCCAGGUGUUAAUACAAAUUCUAUGAAUGAAGAAGCACAGCCUGUGAGAAAUCGAGAAUCGGAUGGUGAAAAAAUGCAAUGUGAAAGUGAACGAAUUUGUAGGAAAUAA